CUCCCUCCGCCUUCCCUCCCACUCAACUGGUCCGCGAGGAAGUCGCAAGAUGGCUGAUGUCGCUUGGAAGUAAUGUUCCCCUCUGCAACAUGAAGCCGUGAGUGUGGAAGAAAGCGAGGGAGGCACCAUCGGGCUUUUAUUUUUAUUUUAUUUUAGUUACUUUUCUUUUAUUUCGUCAAACAUCCAUCUCAUUCCGCGUCGUGUCCGCCCCGGACUUGUCUUCGGGAGUUGACGCGUCAAAUCACGCCGGGGACCCUGCCAGCAGCUAACAGCUAGCCACAUAGCUAGCAAACGUUAGUAACGUUACAGCUAGCCAGUCAGCCAGGCACAUAGCUUGUUAAUUUGUUCUAAUUAAUAUUCUGACACCUGCGAGCCAACAAGCUACCGAUACAAAUAUGGUACAAUUUGCCUGAGGUAGUGCAGAAUCAAUGUCAAAUAUUUUAGUUGUCAGAUAAAAAAAAAACCUUUUUGCAAGCUGCUCGAUUUAACAUCAUGUCCGCGAACUGGCCAUCUAGCCUGUGGUGUGCUAACUAAUGCGCAGUAUUGCAUCUGUUUCAUGUGCACAAACCAGCAGGAUCAUUAUUUUAUUGGCAUUUUUCAAUAAUAUCCACCACCUUGCUGCAUUUCCGUUAUUUGCUGCCAACUACAUUUUUGAAGCUGGUUAUGUUAAAGCCAAAUUAUGGGAGCAGGAAAUGUGUUGAACUUUUUCUGGUUGUAGGUAGCUACACUGGCCUUGCUGGCAUCUCACCAAAAAUCCACAGGGAUGGACACUAAACUGAGAACCCACGACCAAAACUGAGAAAUUGGCAUUUCGAUAUCUCGGAAUAAGUAAAGAUAAGUGACACGCGUAUACAACGGUGUAUGGUGACUCAUUUCACUAGUCUGGGUGACAGAUAAGUUGUUUUACAGGGUUAACUAAACUACAGUUAGUCACUACAUCGGAGACCAGUUAGCUUGCCUAAAGUGCAUAGCUAGCUACGGUCUCGCCCCACAUCACAUUUCAAACACGGCGUACAGAACGUAUUCAGAGCCUGCUCCCGGCCAGACACACCGGCUUAACAACACAGUCAUGGGAGUGCAGGGUUUUCAAGAGUAUUUAGAGAAGCGGUGUCCCGGGGCCGCAGUCCCGGUGGACCUCCUGAAGCUUGCCCGUACCGCGGCCCGCCAGCCCCCUCACCACCAUCACCCACACCACCACCCACAUCACCCAGGGCCCAUGCCUCCCCCGCCCCCGCCUGCCAGGAUCCUAAUCGACGCUGACUCCGGCCUGCAGCGCCUCUACGGCGGCUACCAGACGGACUGGGUGUGCGGGGGCGAGUGGAACGCCAUGCUGGGCUACCUGGCUGCCCUGUCACAGGCCUGUCUGUACCAGGGUGGCCUGGAGCUGGUCGUGGUUUUCAAUGGCACAUUGGGGAAGGAGCGCUGGCCCGAGUGGGCGCGGCGAGCUCAGGGCCAGCGACAGACGGCGCAGCUGAUAGUCAACCACGUCGGCAGCAAGGCCACCCCGCCUCCCCGGGCAUGGUUCCUGCCCCCGGCCUGCCUCAGCCACUGCGUCCGCCUCGCCAUGUUCCGCUUCCGAGUGCGGGUUGUACAGACUUUGGAGGACCACCACCAGGAAGUGCUGUCCCUCUACAGGGACUUUGGAUUCGCUGGCCUCAUUGCUCAGGAUUCUGAGUUUGCCCUCUGCAACGUACCCGCCUACUUCUCAUCGCAUGCGCUCAAACUGAGCUGGAACGGCAAGAACCUGACCACACAUCAGUACCUGCUGUCUGAGGCUGCCAGGCAGCUCGGGCUGAAGACACAGCACCUGCCCUGCUUUGCUGCUCUGCUGGGAAAUCAUAUUCUGCCUGAUGAGGACCUGGCUGCCUUCCACUGGAGUCUGCUGGGACCAGAACACCCACUAGCUUCUCUUAAGGUGCGAGCCCACCAGUUGGUGCUGCCGCCCUGUGAGGUGGUGAUCAAGGCCGUCUCAGAGUACGUCUCCUCCAUCAAAGACCUGGGGAACCUCGACGCCAUCGCCAGAGAUGUCUUCAAACAGUCACAGUCUCGUAUGGAGGACAAGGUGGAGCGAUUCAAGAAAGCUGUGGAGUAUUUCUCCGCCGCCUCCAAACCUCGCUCGCCCAACAUGGGGCCCUCCUCUUUUAUCUUACCUGGGUUUGGAUUUGGGGGACCACCUGGUCACAUGGGACCUAUGCAGCCUGGAAAGAAUCAGUUCCCUCCUCCCCAGGUUCCGGGGUUAAAGCCACCCUAUCAAAAUGCUCCAUACGGACCUGGCUCCAACCCUCUGUUCCCGAACCCGCCGCCACCGUCCCAAGACUGCAACGAUUCGCUGACGAGCAAGAUGGGCUUCUCUGAUUGGUCGGCUCCAUAUGAUUCCACUCAGGGGGGAAAUCGAUUACCCAAUCAUCACACCGCCACUCAGUCUGUUCCCUCUCCAUCUCCUUCAUCGUCAUCAGAUGGAGAUGAACCUAACGACAGCAAUGCAAACCAUUUGACAGACAAGCCCUCUCGGUGGGAGGAUCCUGCUGGAAGGGGGGGCUCGGCCUCCGGAGAUGGUUCCCAAGGCAAUGGGAGCGUGUCACACAUUCCGUCACUGCUGUCUAUGGCGACGCGGAGUCACAUGGACAUAACCACACCCCCUCUGCCUCAGGUCAGUGCUGAGGUUCUUCGUGUAGCUGAGCACAGACACCGAAGAGGACUGAUGUACCCCCAGAUUUAUCACAUACUGACCAAGGGAGAGAUGAAGAUGCCUGUCUGUAUAGAGGAUGAGUGUAACUCUGAGCUGCCUCCUGCCUCUCUGCUGUUCCGCGCUGGCAGACAGUAUGCCUACGGCGUCCUCUUCAGUCUGGCUGAAACACACCGCCGCCUGGAGAGGCUCGCUCUCCGCAAGAGGGCUCCCCUGGAAGUUCCUCCAGUGAUUGUCAAAGAGUGGAGCAGCGGUAAAGCCAAGUCGGCCCUGACUCCGGAGCUGGUCCCAGCCCUGUGUUUCAGGGAGUGGACCUGCCCCAACCUGCGGCGGCUGUGGUUGGGACGUGCCAGUGAGGACCGCUCCAGGAGAACCAGGGCCUUCCUGGCCUGCCUACGCUCUGACUGCCCAGCCCUCCUCAACCCAGCACAGGUCCCUCAGCAUCUGCUGCUCAUGUGCUGCGUGCUCAGGUAUAUGAUGCAGUGGCCUGGAGGAAGGAUCCUCCAGAGACACGAGCUAGAUGCCUUUCUGGCUCAGGCUGUUUCCAGCCAACUCUACGAACCCGACCAGCUACAGGAGCUCAAGGUGGAGAAGGUGGAUGCCCGCGGCGUGCAGCUGGCUUCUCUGUUCAUGGCUGGUGUCGAUACAGCGCUGUUCAUCAAUGAUGUGUGCGGCCAACCGUUGCCAUGGGAACACUGCUGCCCCUGGGGCUUCUUUGACGGCAAACUGUUUCAGAGCAAACUGGCCCGGGCCGCUCGCGACCGGGCUGCCCUGCUGGACAUGUGUGAAGGGCAGGAGGAGCUGGUGUCCAAGGUGGAGAAGAUGCGUCAAGCAAUCCUCGAGGGCAUCAACCUGUCCCGCCCUCCUCCCCCUCCCCCUCCUCUUCCACCUCCUGCCUUCCUCCCCCCAGCCAUGGUGCCCCCUUUCUACCCCAUGCCUCCCCUCUACCCACCCCGCCCCAUGGACAUGCCUCAUCAUCAUCAUCAUCACCCGCAUCACCCACAUCACCCUGCCCAGCACAGACCCAGAGCCUUCCCAGGCCUUCAGUCCAUCCCCCCUCAGGGAGGGAAACUGGAGAUAGCUGGCAUGGUCGUUGGCCAGUGGGCUGGGAACAAACCAGUCCGUGGGAGAGGGGGGUUCAACAUGCAUGUGGUGUCAGUGGGAGCAGGGAGAGGGAGGGGUAAAGAGAUUCCAGCUAAAGUAAGGGCGGUGAAAAAGGCACCUACCAACAGGACACAGACGUCGCCACCGCCCCCAUCCAGCAGUCCCUCAAAGCCCUCAGAGGAGGCGGCCUCCACGCCAGAGGUUGCGACUCAGCAGCUGAACGGCAGCUCAGCAGCCUCAGCCAUUGGCCAGCCCUUGGAGCUGGCCCCCCUGGCCCAGCCAAUCCCGUGUGCCUUAGCCAGCAGAGACAACCAAUCAGAGGGGGUGGAAGUGGAGGCCCCCUGUUGCCUUGACGACUGCCCGUCAGACGGAGCACUACAGAAGGAGGAGUGAUGGCACCCUUCCCAGGAUGCACUGCUCUGAGAGAGUUCUCUGUGUUUGACUGCCUUUCCCUGUUUUUGUAGCCCUGCCUGCUAGCUGUGCACAUUAUCACCUGGAGCAGGAGGUCCUCCCUGCUGCUCCACGUGGUAGGCUAAAGCAGUUAGCUGUUACUUCCUUUUUUAGUUUUCUCAUGUGGUUUUACAUUGUUUUAUGAAGAGAGUUUUUCUCCAUGAGUCUGUAAGCGCCCCACCCCUCAAAAAAUCCUAAAUGCCUCCCUCCCGCACUCGGAGUAAAAUAAGCUUGAAGCCCCACCCCCCAUUACGACCCACCACCUAAACGAUAACUUAUUUUAAACUUUAUUUUUUUUUUUUUAAUGGUCCCAUUGUUGGAAUCUCUGCACACAGCUGUUAAGCGUGCGGUUUCGGUGACAGAUUGGAUGUGGUUUUCCAUGGUUACGUCAUCUAGGCCUGGUCGCCAUGGUCGGUAGUUGUGUGUUUGUUGCCAUAGCCGUCUCGUGUGAGGUUUGUCUUGCAUGAAUUCAGAGAGAUGUUCAGAGUUUGACUCUGGAUAUGCGAGUACGAUUUUAACAAGGUGAUUUACCAUUCUUUUGUGCAGUGACAACCCCACCGUAGUACUGCUAAAAACACAAUGUUAGUAUACUUACUAGCAACAUUGAUUGAUUGGUAAUUUAUCACAGGAGCACUUCUGCACCACCAUGGUAUUAGCGUGCUAUCUUACUUUGACCCAUGUAGCAAAGCCUAGUGCUUAGCUGUGCUAAGAGACCCCAUGCAUUUAUGCACCUUAAGCCCUAAAGUAUGCAAAAUAUUACUCUGCUCCUCCAAAAAAAAAGUGUAUUAUAUUAUAUUCCCAACCGACACCCCCCCCCACCCACCCACCCACGCCCCUUUCUCCCAAAGCUUUGAUUGUAUUAUUCCAACAAAAGCACUUAAUGUUGUAUUUAAAUAUAAUGAAUUAGAGCAAGCCCCUAUACAGGUGAAUUGACAGUCUAAGAGGGGUGUCCUCUGCGCCCAAGUAAAUCAUUAUGACAUGUAGAACUACAUUUAAAGGUAGAGAUCUAUUUGAGAGACGUCAGAAUGUUAACAGAGUGGUUUCAGACAAAGAAGCACUUUGUUUUAAAAAAUGUUAAACCACACUGGACAGUCUUCUACCAGGUGACAAAGAAAUGAAAAACUCUGGGGGCACCUUCUGGAGUUAAGGCCAAAAAUAAAAGAAUAUAUGCUGCCCAGCAAAAGAUGGAAAUGAAUUGUGAGGAUUUGGGUAACUGCUGCCAGGCAGAGUUCCCUUCAGACUGGCCUCACACGUUCAGUCAUGAACUUUGCAAUGAAGCUCAAAGGAUUCCUGAUUCUCCACGUCAAGGAUUCCUGGGAAUCUUUUUCAGAUUUCUAAGGUUAUUUCCAAAGUCUAUUUAAAAAAAGAAAAAAAAAGGCUAGCCUAAUGAGGCAGCCGGUGAUGUAAAAAGGGGUGUGGCAACAAAGCCUCAAAGACACCCCCACCCCACCCCCACCCCCACCCUCACCCUCACCCUCUGGUGGUGAUUGAGUAACGGUUGUCAUUUUGAUAGCCCACCACCAUGAGCUGCUGCCCCCGCAGAGCUCUGGUGUGUCACUUUAGACCAGCAGGAAGCACUUCCCUGCCCUAAAGCCCCUCGGCCCGAACACGGCAGAGGCUUUCUGGGUUGGAUCACAUGUAACAUGACAGGAGAGAGGGAGGCCUCGUGGCGUACCGGAGUGUGCCGCUCACAAUCUUGAGACUUCUAAGAUACUGAAUUGUUUUAUUAGCGCACUUAUGUUUGUAGAGAAUGAGAUGUGUCCCCCAUAGUAGGUUUCAUCUGACUACGGAAAUACAACUUACCAAUAGCUGGUAGCACAACUGCAAAUGUAAAAGCAGUAGACCGACAUACUGCCUGAGAGAUGCUGGCCACGAACAUCGUAAUCUCUAUAAACUUACUAAGAGAGGUUGAAAUGAGCUCACUAUGUUAAAAAAAGGCAAGUCAACAAGAAGCACCUUAUUUUCAUACUAUGUUGAUUGAUGCUCUAUCGUGUGCCACAAAAUUGACAUGGAAAAAGCUCUUAUGAGAUGCCGUUUUGAAGGAAAAAAAAAACUAUGACUAUAUAUAUAUGUAAGUGUUAAUGUAGUCGCGUCAGACAUCCCCUCAGUUAUGAACUCAACCAUGACAGUUGACCCAGCCGUGAGUGUAGGCCUACACUCAUCGUCAAAGGGCUGGGCCACGCCGCCGUCUCUUACACCAACACCAAAUGAAUUCAGAGGUUCUGACUUUUUAGCCGUUAUUGGUAGGGAUUAAGCAUACGAGUGCUGUAGGCGUUCGUAGGUUAAGAGUAGGUAACAGCGUCGGGCUUAACACAGGACUGUAAUACACGGACACCAAGACUAGGCUAGAGAAUAUAGCUCCACUGGCCGAAAUACUAAGUCUAGAAUUACUAGGAGUCAUAUACUUAACUGCUUUCAACUUUUGACAUUAGUACAAAUAUGUGUAUCGCAACAGUACAUUGUUAGAAGAUUGCUUUUCUGCGGCGAGCCAGAGUGUGAUCUGGUAUACGACGCCCUCUCUUGAUUCGCUCGCCAGACAAACAGUUACAAACACACACACGCAUAUACAUACAAACAAAACACACACACACACACACACACACACACACACACACACACACACACACACACACACACACACACACACACACACACACACACACACACACAGAGACACGACAAACAGGUAUUCAGUUGCAUUUGUUACCAGCAGCAUUCUCUCUCUGCUUUUGUGCUGAAGUGAUUUUGUGCAGUUUCAGUUCACAGUGGAGUGGUCGUCAGUUCAUCAGAGAUCAUUUUGGUAACACAUUCUACUGACUCUAAAAAGUCCAGCACUUUUAAGUUUGCAUGGACGGCACAGAAAUGACCAUCUACACACACGCACACACACACAUAUCACACAUUAGCACAUGACACACACAGAUACAUAGAUGUUAAACCCUGAGUUACACAGUAGCUAGUAUGGAAAAAAAAAAAAAAAGUCAACACAAUACAUGAUGUAGUGUCCCUCUCUUGUCCUUGUCUGUUUUAGUUCGAUAGAUAUUUGAUCAGUGAUUUUUAUGCUUGUUAUCCUAACCCCCUCCCCCCCUGCUAUGACACUUUUUCUUGCCCCCUCCCUCCAAAAUGUUCAUUCACUUCUCUUUGCCCCCUUAAUCUUCCUCAUAGAGUACACACACACACACACACACACACACACACACACACACACACCCCCAUGCCCACUGAUUCCCAUUAAAGCAGUCACACACCCCCCCCCCCCAUGCCCACUGAUUCCCACUCAAAAUAGUCACACAACCAACACACAAAUGUUACACACAGUUUAACCCUCCCUUCACUUCCUGUAUUUCAGUUCUCUCUUUCACUUUUAUCACCUACCCCUCCUUUUUAGCCCUUUAGGACCGUUUCUAUUGGCCGUUUUUCUCUUUUUCUCUUUGGGCUGCCCCGCCCCUUAAUCAACCCAACUAACAGUAAAGGUUAUAUUAACGUUGAUAAUCAGUUUCUGUAUGUAUUUAGCCAGAGUCUGGAAAAAAAAAACGGGAAAAAAAAAAAUCAAAACGGUUUUAUUCAAUUGUGCAAAUGUGUUUUUCUUACUAUUUUUAAUGUUAUUACAUCUUCUAAUCUAAUCCUUCUACCAUUGCUUCAGUUAGUACUGAAAUACGCUUAGCCAACCUAGAGAUUUGAACUGUAAUGAUUGCGAUUUUCCUUACUUGUAUUUUAUAUGGCAUCUUUAGACCACCGUUUAUUAUGUACGUAAGUAAAUAUUGCCCCUUUUUUUUUUUUUUUUCGAAAAUUGUCGUCUGCACUAUGUUAUGAUUCACAUAUUAUCCCUGAUAACAAUUUCGUGGUCGACUCAUUAUUAAUCUAAGCUGAACUCGCGCCCUUGCACAAAGCAGCGAAACAUCUCUUGUAAACACCUGAGAACCAAAGUACACCUAGCGUCCCCCUAUAUCCCCAAUAAAGCCCCCCCCCCGCCCCCACCAUAGUUCCCCGACAUCGACGGUUUGCCCCCGAGUAACAAGUUUUCUGAUGAGUAUGAUUAUAUAUAUAAUGACAUUACAGCACGUGUGAUUUAUCUGACAAGUCUGUGAGGUAACAGUGUUUAUAUUAACACUGGUUGAUGUAGAGACGCAGACAGACAGGGAAAGAAGGAAGUGUGUUUUGUGUGGACAGUGAGUGAGCGAGUAGGCAGGUUUUGUUGAGGCAUUGUGGGUGAAUUCAACGCUCCUGUUGCUCGCUCGUGUUACUUCUUCAUUGACUGAAUUCAGACCGUGUGAACCACUGCACACGCUCAGAUCAACGCUAAUACGCAGGAAGGAACGACACCUAGCGAAUAUGCUUUCAGUCACGCUGGGGUUUUGGCGCCCUCUUUUGCAUUUUCCUUACAUGUUAUCGUUGUGCUCUCUCAAACUCGCCUUUAACUUCCCAGACUCAGACUGAUGGAGCAGCUUUUUUGCUGUACUGAGUCUCUUCAUGUGUGGGCAUGGAGGCUGCUAAAAGUGGCUGAAUUCUCCUCAAAACACAAAUCUGAGAUUAGUUGAUAAAUAGAUGUCAUAGAGCUUGCAAGAAAUAAUUCAUGAUUCAUCGUGAUGAAAUUUGUUAAAAGACUUCAGAGCUCAAACAACGUGUCGAUAAAUAGAUUAGAAUUGAAUUGAUCAAAUCUGCAACUACAGGGCUCUUUUUAGGGAAAAAUGGCAAACAUGCUCUACUUCCAGCUUUUCAGUUGGCUGCAUUUCAUUUAGAGCUGCAACGAUUUGUCAAAUAGUCAAUUGACAGAAAAUAUACCACCAACAAUUUGGAGAGAAAAAAAAAAAAAAAAAGUAAGCCAAAAGGCCAAAAAUGUUGCUGCCUCUACACGUCAACAAAUGAAGUUCUAAAUGGUCUUCAGUUUCUUGUCUUGUCUAAUAAAUCUCAGCUUAAGUGUUGCGAGGAAAAUUCACCUUCCCUGUGACUGAUGAUGAAAUGAUAAGAGUUGUCCAGCGGAUAAAAGCGUCCUGCCUCACUGCCUACGCAAAUGGGAGCGCCACUGAAGAGCUUGGCAAUGUUAAAAGAGAACCAAAAGUCCCAGAAUAGAAAUGUACUAUAUAGUAUUGUAGAAGUCAAACAGUAUUAUUGUCUGUCAUACAGAAUCUGGAAAGGAGUCAUCAGUUGUGUUGUACCUGUUCUGAUCUAAUUGCAGGAUUCUCACAGCAUUUUGUCCAGUUUGAAUAAAGGUCCCUAUUUUGUCUGUCUCUCUCUACACUGCCACUCCCCCUCCCCUCAACAGCCCCCCCCACGCUGCAGUAUAAUCCCCCCCUCCCCUCCCAUCCAAUGGCUGGGUCCCAGUAACAGGUUCAAGUUGAUCAUUAUGAGCUAUUUCUUGUCCUGUUGGUCAGUUGUGCUGUCAGCCACAAGUGUACCGAUGCAUGUACUUCAGUACCCAGGGCCACCCUAAACUACCUGUGCAGCAAAAA